AUGUCGAAUUACUCUUUGCUCUCACAGGAGCGUGCCCCCUUCAUUCGAGUCCCUGAACCACAGAAUGCUAGCUACGAGAUCGUCGAAUCCUCUCCCAACUGUAACCCGAAAUCUCUCCGGGUUCAAUUAUGCGCCGAGACCAACGCAGAAUCAAAGCCGCAGAAAGUAACUCUUCAUCACCCCAGCCUUGCUUUCACAGACCUGUGCAUGGAAGAUGCUUCGUCUAUUCCUCCGGACAAUAAUAACUCAGCAUGGGCUCGCGCCAAAAAGAACCCGAUUUCUAACAUGAAAUGGGAAGGGAAUGAUACUCCAACCGUCGGGCAGAUCUGGAUUGUUGUCUAUUCUAUCCUCACAGUCCAUCCAGAACUAGAAGUGUUCAGAAUCACAUUAAACGGAGGCGGGAGUGAUGUACUAGCUCGACAGCUUGAAGCUGUUGGAUUGGCGAUCUCUCACCCCGCGCCCAGCGCCCCUCCAGGCCAACCAGUCCCUACUUCGGAAGACCAUAUUGGCCAGCUAGUUGUUCUCAGACGGUCAUUCUGGCAGGGUGCCGGCUCUCCCUUUGGACCAAAACCAAUUUGGGUUGCUGGACCUGAAAAUGCGGACAUCUCUCCAUCGUUCGAAUCUGCUUUCCCUCCCCGAGCACUGGAUUACUCACUGACCACAAAAUUCCCCUCGUCACGAAUUCACACAACUCAUCCAAUUCGCCCAGUGAAGCCGACACCGGGAUCGACCAUUUACAGCCGCUAUAUCCCUCACUUGAAGGAGACAUUCUCCAUGGUCGCGCUUGAUUGGACGAAUGAGGAACAUGUUAACUAUUUCCAUGUAUGGCAGAAUGAUCCCAGAGUCGCUGCAGGGUGGAAUGAAACCGGAACCCUAGAACAGCAUCGGGAAUAUCUACGAAAUAUUCACGAAGAUAUUCACCAAUUCCCAGUCCUGGCCAAGUUCGAUGAUACAUUUUUUGCCUAUUAUGAGAUUUAUUGGGCCAAGGAGGAUGCCAUUGGGCCCUACUACGAUGCCGGUGAUUACGACCGUGGUCGACACUUCCUUGUAGGCGACGCUCGUUUCCGUGGCCCACACCGCGUUAAGGCCUGGCACACCUGCCUAACACAUUACAUGUUCCUCGAUGAGCCUCGCACCAACUUGACCGUUGGCGAGCCGAGAGCAACUGGCGCCAAAGUCCUUGCUUACGACCAAGCGAACGGAUACCAUAUUAACAAAUUUAUUGAUCUACCCCAUAAGCGGGCCGCUCUGAUCAUGUGCCCACGGGAGAAAUUCUUCCAGCAGCCUCCCUUCGAAUAUUGUGAAAGUUCAUAG